AUGUCAACAAUCAAACACGUUCAGAAGUUUCAAGAACUAAGCUCAGUGCCAUCAAAGAUGGAACGCGUCGAUUCUGCAGCCGAAAACAAGCCCAAGACCUACGCAAAAGUCGAAACCGCAUCGAAAACGCCCGACAAAUGCUCAAAUAAAAUGGGAAAUUGGGAUAGCCGCCCAGCUCUGAAAGAAAAAGCUACAAAUUUGCCGCCCAACCCAACGGAAACCAAACCAAAAGAGACCAAUCGGUCUCAGACGCUCCUCCAAAACUUCCAAGCCCCUUCAAAAGAUAAAAUAUUGGAUCAGACGGAGCUAGCAAAACUGCUAGACUCAGGCGCCGAAAAUCACAUCAAGAUCGAGGAACCCGCUGUUUCAAGCGUGGCAUUGCAUCCACAAACACCUGUAAUUGGUGAAAAAAGAAGUCCUACAAGGUCCUGCGGGUCUCCCAUUGCCAAAAGGGCUCAAUUCAACAUAAGCCACGACGAAACCGGCCCUGUUGUGAGUCCUAACUUGAAUCUCCUGCCGCUUAACACUACCGUAGGUAAUGAUAAUGAUAGCGAUUUUGACGUUACGGAUCUGAAAGAUCCACCCAGCCCGCUGCAAUGCGCUUCCCCCUUAAAACCGGAUCCGUACCAGCCGCUUCUUUUGGAUCUUCAUGAAUCUGAUCUGGAAACUGAAUCUCAGUCCUACUACGAUGAGGUUUUUCGCGAAGUGAAAGACGAGAGUGAAAGAGCCGCAUUGGUUGAGUUCGCUAAAAUGGACAUCCGCACUUGGACCGCGAGUGGCGAUAAGUUACAGCAAGAACAGCACGCUGUUUUGGUCAGGCUGGUCGAAGCUCGCAUGCGUUUGAGCGCAAAAUUCAAAGUAAUCACAGAUCUUGUCAAUGAACGUGCUUUGGCGCUUACCGAUCAAGGUCUUCUGCUCGACAGAAAGCUUAAGCGGAUUCAGGACCUAGGAAAAGAGAUUUUGGACAUACUAUGA